AUGGCGGCCCAAGACAACGCACAGCACCAUCAACACUCGAACAACAACAAUACCCACAACAAUAGCAACAGCGCCAACAACAACCAUAGCAGUGGGUCCAUUGCCACCCUGUGUAGCGGUGAUUUACUGAACGACUGUGCCAAAAGUGUUCACGAUGUAAGGGCUGUGAUUGACGACUGCACCACUUCCAUAUUGAAGUGUGCCAAUGCUGUGAGUUCGGACAUCAUGUCGACGACCAGUACAACGACAAACGGCAGCUAUAAGCCGCAGCAUGCAGCCACACUGGCCACCCUGGCCACGCACAAUAAACCCGACGUUUGUCAUGUAACAAAGAGUUCGGCUGCUGCCGCUCCAUUUGGUCAUUAUCCCCCGCCCUAUCCCGUGCACGAUGACAUCAUCGUGCCCCGUAGCCAAAAGUCAGAUCCCUCGCUGUGCUUUCUGCACAAGAGCUCAUCGGGAGCCAUAAAUGUGGGACCACCGCCGCUGCUGCCGCCGUCAAUGAUGGGCGCUUAUCAUACCACAGAUUUCCAUCUGUCACAGCGCGACUUGCAACAGAAGCUGCAACAGUACAAGAACAGCAGCCGGCUGAGCCUUAGUAAAUACAACACCAUAGGACCGAGCAGUGACUAUGCCCGCCAGCUGGCACUAUACUCCUCACAACAACAGCAACAGCAAUCCUUAUCCCAGUAUCCUUUUCAGCAACCACAAACUCAAUAUGCCACAAUGCGUCCUUUGGGUGCCGGCGAACGUUGUCGCUGUUUCUCGAAAUCAUGGUCGAAUUUUUCGCGUGAUUUCAUGCAAUCGUCGCUGUGUGCCAACCACGACAAUCACGCAAUGCCGCAGCAACAGCAGAUCUUCCACACCGGCUCGACCGCUGCCACGGGCAAAGGUAGGCCUGAACCAACAACCAGUUCCCUAUUGAGGUCAUCGUCCGCCUAUAAUAGUCGUAGUUUCAAUAAUCUUGCCGACAUUAUGGACAAUUACAGUUAUGACACGAUGACAUCUUCAUCACUACUGCAUCAACAUCCACAUCAUCACAAAAUGCAUGGCACCAAUUCACAGAUUUGCAACGGCACCACCACCACCACCAACAACGCCGCCACCCUCAUAUCGAACAACAACGGCAACAGCAUUAGUAGUGGCCUUAAAGAUAACAAACUGUUACACGCUCAGCAUCAGCAUCUCCAUCAGCACUAUCCCCCCACCCAGCACAAAGAUUUCCAUUGUAAUGAUCAUCUGGUGGUCGACGGCCAUCAGCAUCACCAUCAUCAUGCGCUGGUGGGCAGCGGCAGUGGCCAUUUGCUUAAAUCGGCCUCGCUGUCAUCGGAGAAGUUUCACCAGAGCAAUGGCACGGGCAAUCACCACCAUCAUCCGGCACAUCAUUCAAGUUUGACUAGCAUAAUGCCUUGGAAACAUCGACAGAGUCCUAGUCGUGGUUCUUCCAGUUCGGGUACUAAUUCAUUUCGUGCUCCAUUCGAAGAACGUCUACGUGUUGCCCUACAACUAUUAGAUCAAGUGCCUUUAAUUGAUGGGCAUAACGACCUACCCUGGAAUAUACGAAAGUUCCUGCACAAUAAACUGAAUGACUUUAACUUUAAUGAAGAUCUCAGAGAAGUUGCGCCCUGGAAACGCAGCCACUGGAGCCACACCGAUUUGAUACGACUGAAAAAGGGCAAAGUAUCGGCCCAGUUCUGGGCUGCCUAUGUUCCAUGUGAGGCCCAACAUCGAGAUGCAGUACAACUAACAUUAGAACAAAUCGAUGUUAUCAAACGUUUGACAGAUCGUUAUUCACCGCAACUGACGACCUGCACCUCAGCACAAGAAAUCAUCGAAGCCCACAAGAACCAUCAGCUUUGUUCGCUGACAGGCGUUGAAGGUGGACAUUCGUUGGGCGGUUCAUUGGCUGUGCUGAGGACUUUAUAUGCCAUCGGUGUUCGGUAUAUGACACUGACAUCGACGUGUCACACACCAUGGGCGGAUUCCAGUUAUGCGGAUGCACCAACGUUCAACGUUAAACAUGGAGGUUUAACGAUAUUUGGCAAGGUAGAUUUGCCAUUGCCAAAGGCUCCAAAGCCAUUUUUACUCGGGGACUAUUUACGCUAG